CACAGUUGAGUGAGAUAAGCUUAUUCUCAGAAGUAAAAUUAUCGGUUAGAGGUAAUUUGUAAUUGUGUUGUUAGAACGUACGAUAGGGUUGUGUAAUAACUGUCUUACUUAAUAGAAGAAAUAUAAUUACAAGAUCAAGAUGUAUUUCGUUUCUAAUGUAAUUAAGGUUACCAUUCCUAAUUAUUUGGCUAGUUUGCCAAUACCUGAUUCUUUUGGAGGAUGGUUUAGGCUCGGAGUUAAAGAUUGGCUUGCCUUACUUCCCCCAACUAUUGCCGUUGGUGGUAUCUCGUACUACUCAUAUCAGACAAUAAAGAAAGCUAAAGAAGCUGGCAAUGGUCAAAUCAACCCGUGUAUCAGAAAGGAUAUAAAUAAAGUGGUUGAUUUCGUUGACAUUGAGGAUAUAACAGAAAAGGUGUCUUUAUGCAGAUGCUGGAGGAGUAAAAAUUGGCCGUAUUGUGACGGUGCUCAUGGACCACAUAACAAAGCAACUGGUGACAACACCGGUCCAGUUGUAGUGAGGCACAAGGAAAACAAGUAAUAUAGUUCAAUAGAGACCUGUGUUGAUCAAUCAAUUCACCCGACCCAUUGGCAUGGAGAAACAAAAUCAAAAGACCCAAUCACAUCUAUUGGCUCUGCAAGUCAUGUUACGGGAUGCUGGCUGCGUGAACGUAAUCGAGUCUGGGUAAUAAUGGGACGCUGGCACUGAUAUCUAUAAAUGGAUAUGCAAUUGUUUGGAAAUUACAGCUUUUCUUUCAUUCCAAAUUAAAUGCGCCUGUUAAUGUUUUGUAACAGUUAAUUCUAUCUAUAUUUUUAGUAUGAAUCCACAUUUCUACAAACCGCUCCCAUCAGCGCCAAAAUGGUGAAAAUCAAAUAGGCACAAAAUAGUACAUCUUAUAGCCAGUCUAUUUAUAGUUGUCAGUGGUUGUUAUCGAGAUCUAUGACCUGAAGAUUUAAUCGAAGUGUUGUGAUCGACACAAGUCUUCCAAAUACAUACAUGAUAAACAGAAAGUGAUACAAAAGUGAUAAACAUGGCACACUUGACACUCUUUGAUAAGUUUCUUUCCGAUAAAAAAAAUUGCAUUUAGUGUAUAUAUUUUCAUUUUACCGUUCAAAUUUGUUACAUUUUUAAUAUUUAUCUAUAAAAAAUGUAUUUAAAAGUGUCUCGUGUGCACAUAACUUAAGUAUAAAUUGUUACAAACAAAUCGUGUUACAGUAAAGUAUGAACAAAAUAAACUUAAUUUAUAAGUGAAUUAAUUGUUUUUACGUUUUCAUUAGCUCCUUAUUGUAUUAGAUACAUUUUUUGUCACAUUUAUACAAUUUUUAUAUUAACCUACAAUUGUUUGCAGUAUUUGUUAUGUACUAAUGCAAUCUAAUGUAAAAUCUGUUCAUAAUAAAUUAUGAAAUUUGA